AUGACGGAGAUGUCUUGGAAAGAAGACAUUGGCCAGAAACAUGAAUCUCCAUUCUUCCCAGCAGCAGAUCUGUGGCACGUGCAGCAGCACAGUGAAAUGUUUAAGAAUAAUAUUGCUAACCAGCAGUUGAGCCUGAAAGCUCUAAUUAAAAAUGUGGAGAAAAUGUCUUCAGAUCUGAAGAAGAUGGAUGAGCUCACCAAUUUACUUCUCUGUGACCUUAUUUUGCAUUUUAGUCACCCUGUGAAGACAGAAGUUAUAGCAGAAGUAGAAGAAAACAACACUGUUUCUGAAGAGUUUAAAAUGUCAGAUAAUUUAGAGUUAGUUCCUAUUUUGAGUAAUAAUAUCUGA